AGUGGACCCCGCCCGACUAGAGAAGUAUAUUGAUUCUACCCUUAAAUCAUACCACCAUUCUGCGAGUCCUAAACCAUUUUGACCUUCGUAACCUCAUCAAGUGUGAAGAGGAAGGUUUCAUUCAACAACACUACCGUGCUCAACCAUACAAGCCAUACCAAACAAAUUCCCGAAAAAAUCAUUUUUUCAACCUCCCACCCCGACCUUCUAGAUUGUUUUAGCACUUUAAAUUUGUGAGUUCACAAAUUUCUCGUAUUUUUCAGCCUACCCAGUCGUCCGCGACACCUCGCCAAGAAAAUGUUGGCUCGUAACUUUGCCAGACGGCUCGCGCCGAGCUUCCGCGGCGCCGCGGCUAGCAGUACUGGCGUACGGGCAUUUUCCACCCAGAUGCAGGAGUUCAAGGUCUACAGAUACGACCCGGAAUCGGGAAACAAGCCAGAAAUGAAGAGCUACUCCAUCGACCUGAAUACUUGCGGUACAAUUUGAUUUUCAGGAUUUUGCUUUUGGAUAGGUAUGCUGGAGGGAGGUACGCCGCAAGCAACUGCAAGUAAGUAUAUGAGUUACGCUAAGAACGCGGUGCCCGUGAUGAAUCGAGGACAAGACUCAUUGCAACAAGCAUUUUAGCACACAAAAACUACAACAGGACCCAUGAUUCUGGAUGCCGUGUUGAAGAUCAAGAACGAGGUGGACUCAACCCUGGCUCUCCGAAGAUCGUGCCGCGAGGGUAUCUGCGGGUCCUGCGCCAUGAACAUCAAUGGUAUAGUGUUUCGUUGAAAUACCCACGACAGCUCCUUGGUGCCAUGCGAAUGAAUGUUAAAACUUGUGCAGUGUGUUUUCGUGGUUAAAAGAAGUCACUGGGUGAAAAUAAAGUGAUUGGAUUUCCAUUGUUCCAAACAGGUAAGAACGGUUUGGCGUGCCUGGAGUACAUUGAGCCAGGAACCAAGGCGAUCGAGAUCCAGCCAUUGCCACACACGUGAGGAGCUUUGAUUUGAUUUGUUUUUCUUCAUGCGGACUCACAUUCAUUUUCAUUCAUCAGCUAAUCAACGUGACUUAUUUUCAUUGGCAAAGCGAAAAGUCUUUGCUAUAGCUCCCCUCGCGAACACCUAACUACAGGUACGUGCUGAAGGAUCUGGUGCCCGAUCUCACCAACUUCUACUCGCAGUACAAGUCUAUCGAGCCGUGGCUGAAGCGAAAGGACCCGAAGCCCACCGGCCCCAACGGGGAGGAAGUAGAAUACGCUCAGAGCCCGGAGGAGCGUGCCUUGUUGGACGGGUUGUACGAAUGCAUUCUGUGCGCGUGCUGCUCUACCAGUUGCCCGAGCUACUGGUAUGGUUAUUUACUAUUUGGCGUUUUGAGUUUGUUGACGACUGUAUGUAAUGAGCACGAUAAGCAUCACAAUGCUCACACAUAAUCUUUUUCGUGUAAUAAAAAUCGUUCAUUUCCAACAGGUGGAACCCGGAGUACUACUACGGCCCGGCGGUGCUGCAGCAGGCCUACCGAUGGGUGGUUGACUCCCGCGACCAGUACACGGAGGAGCGGUUGGCGUUCCUGAACGACACCAUGCGCCUGUACCGGUGCCACGGCAUCAUGAACUGCACCUCCUGCUGCCCCAAGGGGCUGGACCCGGCGAAGAGCAUCGUGCAGCUGAAGAAGUUCGUGGAGGAGCAGUACAACCCGGAGUGGGAAAACAAGGUUGCCGAGGAGAUGAAGAAGAACGUCGAUCGUGCCGGCGGUUUGAGUUAUGCGUAAACGACUGCGGAGUCCGGCCGGUUGCUUUGUUUAUGAUCUCCUUUGCAACGGGUCGGGCUCUGGGACAGAUUGUACGGCACUCUGAAUACUCAAACCUAGUAGCUACUCGAUGACGUUUAAAACAAUAGUCUUCUAAAUCCUUUUUCUUGAAAAGAGCGACAGUAAAAAGGCGAGUCGUAUCACAAAGGUUCCCUGGCUGGAAUCGCUGGCGACUCGUUGAGAAAAGAACGGCACAUAAGCGACAGAAUCUAUCGGCAGAAUAUCUACGCGACGACUUUGUUUCGAUAUUAUGACAUUUCAGCAGCAGCAGUUUAGUACUUCCAAAAGAUGGUACAUAAUGUUUCGAUAUUAGACGAAAGCAAUGGUGGUUCCGACCAAGCGGGUUGGACACCAGAGAUAGUUGUACAACUUGUAAAAAUAUACCUACGGCAGGCACAUCAUUUCAGACACAGCAGAAGAAGCAAGUAAGUAGAGUAUUCAUCGGAAGGACAUGGAAUACCCUCUAUUGACACGACAUACUAACUUAUACCUCCUCUAACAACUACUAUACAAUACGGUUGAUGCACAGAAGGUGAAAAGCACUUCUGCAAAGAACGACACCUAUCCCCGGAUGAACUAGUACCACGCCGAUCCGCACGAAGCUUCACCAGGCGACGCGCGCGACCGGUAGAGAAUUUUUUUUGAUCUUUGAAACUUCAUUUUUCCGUACCGCAACAUGCUUAUUGGGUGAACUUGUAAGCACGGUUUAGAAAGAAUGCCCUGUACUUUUAGUGGUCUGAACUACUGCGCUUACAACAUUUUUGGAAAGAUGCACAGCAUUCUGCCGGUGCCUCAAACAUUCUUGCUCUGGCGCUGCUAGCAGUGUGUGUGUAUGAUUCAUUCGUGAAAGCUACAGCUGUAAGAAAGACCACGUACAAACGACUACAAUUUUUAUCAAACGAACUGAGACUGACUGUUGGGGAUAGUUUGCGACCGCGUGAUCUCUUCAUCAGGAGUGCUCGCUCUGGUGAUGUUGUUGACUUUUUGCACAACUUAAAUGCAAAGCGUAGUCAGCUACAGAUCACAAUUCUAACCAACGCCCGUCCUGAAUUUUCCCCAUCAUAAAGUUGCAGACAUAAGGGCAACCCAAGGCAAAGUAGUAAAACUCUAGCGUGCAGUACUUCUAUUAAGGUCCGCUAUAGAGUCAUAAAAACACAUCCGAACAAAAGUUGAUAACUUUGUUUGAGAUAAAUCGCGUAAACUUGGAAAAAGGAGGUAUGCAGUAGCAGCGGUAGCGUCGUGGGUGUAGCUAUGAUACAAUGCGCUUCGUUCGAAACGGGUCGAGAUUCGAAAAUCUUGGCGUGCGUACAGCGAAUUGGUCAGCAGCUCCCCCACGUCGCGACGAAACCUAAAGAUGACUUUUCAAAAGAGUAAAAAAUGUUAUGUGCAGACAGAAUCUUCAGAAUUCCCGAAUCUUCUAGCAUCAGCUACAUUUUCCGCUACUCGUCUGACAGGGUCGUUGUUACUCGCACGACAACUACUACGAAAAAAGCUUACAACACAGCGACGAGUUGAACUAACAGAAACCAGUAGACUCGAACCGUGAAAAGAGUCCGAGCGCUUGAAAAUGCAAGAAAAAACGCGGAAGUCGAAGAUGGUUGUGAAGUUUUGAAGAAGAAUAUCAAAG